UGUCACGGCCUAAAGCCGGGGGCUAAGCCUCGGGUUGACGUUUUGAGACUGGCUGGGUGGGACGAAGAGGCUGGCCUCUGGAGCUGCCCCUUAACGGUCUUUAAUUCUUCUCCGUCAUUUGAAAAUAUUGAUUAGUCCUUUGUUUGCCUGGAGUUAAAAUUGGGCUUAUCCUCGGCCAAAGCAGCCUGAAACGGGCGAGGUGUUAGUGUUUGGGGAGGUUGGACGACAGAAAGAAGAUCGAAUGCUGGUGGCCCGACCCCGAACUGGGCAUUUGGUAAUGGCCAAGGGCACAAUCUGGAGAUCGGAGUCCACAUUGUUCAAGCCUACGCUUUCUUAUUACAAGUUGUAUAGGACUGGCCUCAAUCCUCGACUCAUUGGAACCUGCCGACUGCUACGUUUCAUAGUUCACAGAUCCUGAUGCUGCUUCCCAGAAAGUUUGCAAUCUCUUAAAUUAUCCUGAGAGCAGAGCAAAUUUCCUUUUAAUGGCAAAAAGUGACCUUUGGCUCAUUGUGAGAAGACCUAAAGUGUCAUUCAUUACUGCUAAGUCUGUAGAAUGAUGGAAACCCCAUCCCCCACACAAGAUGUCAUAUUGACUGAUUCGAAGUACAGUGUAACCACUGAGAGCAGAGAGGAACUUCCUGAUGAUGUAAUUAUGUCUGGGUCAUCUGUCACAGAAGCCAAUGUAAAUGGUACCUAUGUGAACAGUACUGAUAAGGUGCCAAGCAUUGGAGCAGCUAUGGACGCCAGCAGUAUCUCAGGCAAACAUGAGGGCGAGAUCCAGCAACUAUGUGCUUCCAGUGGUAAAGGUGCUGAUGGUGAAGGAGAUGGUUGUCAGAAUGGAUCCAAGUCUGUUCACAGGUCCACUGGGCCUUCUGACAUUCCCCAGGCAAUCUCUACCUCACCAGAAAGUCAGGCACCAAAGUGCAGAUCUGAUGAGUGCACAGAGCCUUCCCCAGGUGUGGAUGGUUUCCAUGACAACUUAAAGAAUCCUCAGGCAGCUAAAUCUGAGAUGCUUGUUCAAAAAUGUGAAGCUUUGCAGUCGCUCAUUAUAAGUCUUCCUAUGCAAGAGACCAAUUUGUGUACAGUGGAUCCUUCUUUGAAAGACCAGAAUGAAGAACAGAUACGCUCACAGGCUCAACGACGUCUUGAAGAGCAGCUUAAACAGUACAGAGUGCAAAGACAUCAGCAGAGAUCCAAGCAAUCAAAAAAUCGACUCAGCAGUACUUUGGACCCAGAGUUGAUGUUCCACCCAGAAGUACUUCCAAGAGCUAAUAAACUCACCUUGACUACGGAAUACUCAUUCUUGAGGACCAGUGUUCCACGAGGACCCAAAGUGGGCAGCCUUGGAAUGCCAAAUGUUUUCAAAGAUGAAAAGACUUCACGGAGUUCAAAGACCAGCAAAAUACGAUCCCUUGCGGAUUAUAAAACUGACAGUUCCGAGGCUGGUAGUAGUAUUGGGAGGUCUUCCAGUGUGGAAACAUUAUCCCAGAACAGGACUGGUUCCUCCACAUCUGUCAUAUCUGAAAUAGGCUUUGCAUCAGAAAAUGAUGAUAAAUUAGAGAUUUCAUUGCAUAUUGAGGACAACAGUUCUGAGAUAGAUGGCAGCGAGUUGGGUGCAAGGCAAGAUGAAAAUGAAAGUGAUAGUUCUUCAUACAGCAGUAUAUCCACCACUGGUAUUUAUGGGACCAUGUCUGUGCUGGACAGCAGGCAAAAAAACACAUACACUGUUGAUGGGCAAGAAAUAUUAUCAAAUGAAAUGGGGCAGUUUCCUUCUAUUGGGGAAGUGUUACAGGCUGCAGCAGCAGAACAUCAGAGUGACCAUCAGGAAGUGAAUGGAGCAGUGCGGAGCAGGAGAGACAGUAUUUCCAGCAGUGUCUCCAUGGAAAGCUCUGUUGCAGAAUCCCACGAUGAUCUGAUGCAAAUUCUGAAAGAAAAAAUGCGACUUGAGGGGCAACUGGAAGCACUGUCUUCUGAAGCUAAUGAGGGCUUAAAAGAGAAGACUGAAUUGCAGGCACAAUUAGCAGCUUUAAAUGCACAACUACAGGCACAAGAUGAGCAGAAGGCACUCAGUGAGCAAAAACAGAAUAUAUUGAAUGCUGAAGUAAGCACCUUACGACAAACAUGUUCCAGUUUGGAACAGGCCAUGACCGAACUGCAGACCAAUCUAGAGUCUAAGAAUGCCAGUUUAGCUGCACUAAACAAUGAUCUUCAGGUGUCAGAGGAGCAAUACCAGAGGCUGGUGGGAAGAGUUUCAGAAAUGCAGCAGGCACUCUCCAGCAGAGAUGAUUCAGUUCAUGCUAUUCAACAACAAAUGACAGUCCUACAGAGCCAGCUUCAGCAGGUACAGUUGGACCGUGCCACUCUGACAAGCCAACUGAAGGCUUCCCAGUCAGAAAUAGCUUCUCUGCAGCGAGUCCGGCAAUGGUACCAGCAGCAGCUGACACUGGCACAAGAGGCAAGAGUUCGGUUACAGAGUGAAAUGGCAAAUGUGCAGGCUGGUCACAUGACUCAAGCAGCAAUGCUGGAACAUCUGAAGAUUGAGAAUGUCUCUCUGUCUCAACAACUUACAGACACUCAGCAGAGAUCCAUCAAGGAAAAGGAGCGUAUUGCAAUGCAUCUCCAAAACAUGGAGGUUGAUAUGUUGGAUCAGGAAAAAGCUUUCCAGCAGAUCCAAGAGGCUAAGUCAUUAGUGGAAGAUGAUCUGUCUCGGAAACUUGAAGAGUUUGAGGAAGAGCGUGAACACCUUCAGAAAUUGGCUGAUUCAGCUACUGCAUUGGAGAGACAGCUCGAGGAGGUUAAGUUAACCUUGCAUCAACGUGAACUCCAGUUAGGAGCUUUGGAACAGGAACAGUUAGACCUACUGAAACAGCUGACUGUCUCCCAGGAGUCCUUGCACACCAAGGACCAAUCCUUAAAUGAGCUGCAAGCACGUUACGACGAGCUGGAAGCCCGUAUAGCAGAGGUCCAAACUGAAACUAGUGCCAAAGAUGAAACAAUUCAAACCUUGCAGAAUGAAAAGAUUGUCUUCGAAGUCGCACUGCAAGCAAGGAAGACAGAGAAGGGUGUACUGGAUGAAGAAACUAAAAAGCUUGAGGAAGACACAGAGAUGGUUUCCGAAAUCCUUGAACAGCUUCGGCAGGAAGUUGCUGUUAAGACUGGAUUGGUAGAAAAUUUGCAAAAGGAGAGUACCAGCUUUAAGAAGCAGACCCAGAAGCUAAAAGAUCAACUUGUUCAGCAGAAGGUGAUGGUGGAGGCAUAUCGACGUGAUGCAAAUUCAAAGGAUCAACUAAUGAAUGAGUUGAAGUCAGCAAAGAAAAAGCUGGAGCUGGAGGUGAAAGAACUGAAACAAGAAGUUGUUGUACUGCAGACUGACAAAAAAUCUGCACAGAACGAGCAUUUAAGAUUACACAAAGAAAUUUCUCGAAUCCACCAACAAAUGACAGAUCUAGAAACCCAGCUGCAGGUGGCACAGGAAGAACGUGAUGAAUUGAACACAGAACUUCAGUCGAUGCAGUUUGAUCGAAACCAUCUAGUAUCACUUUCCCAUGAGAAUGAAGAAUUGAAGAAGCAUGUGGAGCAGAUGCAAGAAGAGGCUAAAAAAGGUUUCUCUGAACAGAAGACACGAAUGAAGAAGCUUGGCACUGAUCUCAGCAGUGCACAGAAAGAAAUGAAAGCCAAACACAAAGCGUAUGAAAGUGCUGUUGGUAUCCUGAGCCGUCGACUGCAGGAGGCCCUUGGAGCAAAGGAGUCAGCUGAGGCAGAGCUCAACAAGCUGAAAGAUCAGAUCACAGAAGGUGGAAAUGAUAAAAUUCUGCAAGAACGAAUUCAUGCUUUGCAAACAGAGCUGCAGGCAGUGAACCACAGCAAAGCGACACUUGAGAAGGAACUACAGGCAAUCAUCUCCCUUACCAGCCAGGAACUUGAGGAUUAUAGAGAGAAGGUUUUGGAUCUAGAGGAUGAGCUUCAAGAGUCAAGAGGUUACCGGAAAAAGAUAAGACGCUUGGAAGAAGCCAAUAAAAAGCUGACUCUAGAGUUGGAACAUGAACGAGGGAAAUUAGUUGGCCUAAGUCAGUCCCAUGCUGCACUGAAAGAACACACCAGCAUCUUGGAGACUGCCUUAUCAAAAAGAGAAGCAGAUCUUGUCCAACUAAACCUACAGGUACAAGCAGUCCUAAAGCGAAAAGAAGAGGAGGACCAGCAGAUGAAGCAAUUAGUACAAGCUUUGCAGAUUGCACUGGAAAAGGAGAAAGGAAAUGUAAAUCGACUGAAACAGCAGGUUUCAGCAAACAAGGCUGAGGCUGGACACAAUCGUCGUCACUACAAAGCAGCUGCCCUUGAACUCAGCGAAGUGAAGAAAGAGCUGUAUGCCAAAGAACAGCUUGUAGAAGCUCUGCAGGCAGAAGCUGAUAAACUCCAAGCCCAGGAUAAGAAACACUCUCAGGAAGUAGCACAGUUCCAGGAGGAAUUGGCUGCCGCUCACUCUCAGCUUAAACUAUUGCAGAAACAGCUAGAUGAGCAGCUUAACAAACCAUCUACUGUAAACCAGGAGGUGGAGGACUUGAAAUGGGAAGUCGAACAGAAGGCAAGGGACCUACAAGCCUUAAGACAGCAACUCUCUCUAACUGAACAGCGAAGUCAGAAGGAGUUAGAAGGGCUACAGGAAGCUUUACAGAGUAUAAAGGUGAACCUGGAGGAACUACAGGAGGAAUUGACAGUCACUCGUAAGGAUAAAUUCAUGCUCCAAACUAAGGUGACAGAACUAAGAAAUACCAUGAAGACAUUAUUGCAACAAAACCAGCAGCUGAAGAUGGACCUUAAACAGACAAAAACACGGAAGAGAGUGGAGUUGAAAGGAGAUGUGGUUUCAUCAAAUCCAGUGACCCCAGUAAAGAUACCUGAUUGCCCUGUACCUGCCUCACUCCUUGAAGAACUGCUCAGGCCACCGACGGCUGUGAGUAAAGAGCCUCUUAACAACCUUCACAGUUGUUUAAAGCAGUUGAGGCAAGAGAUGGACAGUUUGCAGCGACAGAUGGAGGAGCAUACAGUAACUGUACACCAGUCUAUGUCGUCAUGGACACAAAUGGAAGGACAAUUGAUGGAACUUACUGCUGAUGGUGCAGCCCCAGCAGCAACAGAGCUGUCCAGCAAUAGUACAGAAACUGACCUCAACAAUAGUGCAAAUACUAACCAUGCAAAUAGGACCUGUCAGCAAGGAACAAUUUCUGAACUACCACAAAUUUAAAAGCCCUCAGCAAUGCUGAAGAGUGGAAAUGUUUUCCAGACCUCUGUGCUUUUAUUUACGUUCUGGUUUCCUUGGCAGCCUAGCAGCAAAUUGUUCAUUCACAUGACUGGUAAUGGAUUUAAAUGUUGCCUGUAACUGCUUGACUGCAACUUCCACAUGUGAUUUUUGUUAGAUUACAGGGUCCAUAAAAAGGAAGAAAUAAAGAAAAAAAAAAGGAGGUGGGAGGGAACUUUUUUGUUUUCAGAAAAUCAAUCCAUCAAUUCAAUAGCAUGGAUUGACAGGAAAAAAUUCAUUGCUGUCUAUUUGGGUAUUCUAACCUUUUGAGUGAUUGGGGAGGGGAAUAAUUACAAGCAGCGCUUAAAAGGUCAACAAAAAUAUUGAUUCUAAUUUAUUAAAUUUUAACUUUAAAAAUGGUUGUAAGUUUUGUUUUAUAGUUCUGAAAGUUGUUGUAGCUUGAGAUACAUUUGUUAGUUAGGCUUGGCAGCAUUAUGUUGGUAUUGUAUAAGUCAAAGGACAAAAGUUUUGUUCCUCUUCACCUUUAACUUUUUCCUUUUUGAAGAAACCAUUGUUUAAAAACAUAUUUUGCACCUUUUUGACCUCCAUGUUUGUGGAGUUAAGGCAAGCCCAAAUAAUGUCAACUUACUUGACUUAACUUUUAGCAGCAAAUGCUAAAGAUGCUUUUUUGUAUAUUAGUUUGCUCAUGCACGCACAUGAAUAUGAAUUAUCUAAAUUUUACAAUUUUGUGUUUCUUUACAAUCCUGUUCGGGGUUGGAUUGCACAACAAUUUUGGCAUAAUGGGUUUGACAGAAGGAUAAGGGUUUAAAAUUCUGUGAUCAGUAAGUGUAAGCUCACAGCAUAAAAUGGCCUUGAGUUGGCAGUUGUGUUCAGAAGAAUAGAAUGUUACAUAGGUGCUCUCGAUAGGGAGCUUCAGACAGCAGGUGUUUGUUACCCGGGUGUCACACUUGCCAAUACUUAGUGCCUACAGUGGAAAAGUAGAUAAUUCCCCAGUGCUAAGCAUCCUCACCAUGAUGAGCAGAAAAGACAAGUUUUUUUUAAAAAAAAAAUUGUGAAAAGUGGGAAUAUUCAUUAAAAGUCCUACUGCCAUAUACUUAAGAUGUUCUGUUAUAGAGGGAAGUGUGUUUAUAUCACUAUUAGGUGAGCUGAAGAAUAUUUUUCAACAGCAGUGUAGAUGCUUAGACUAUCUACAAUUCUAACCAGCUGCUUUGACUAUUUGUCAACAUUUGUACACUACAUCACUUAUUGUUUCUUUCUUACUAACUGCUGCUGUCCUGACGUGAUGGAAUCAUUUGCUCAGUAACUACUAACAGUUCAGUUUAAGUUGACUUUUGCCUUCUGUUUCUUUUUUUUUCAGUUUUGUCUGUACACUUUGGAUUUACUAAGGAAAACUAUCUUGUACAGUAUGAGUUCUGUAAGCAUGUUAAGGGAUUUAAAUUUAUGCAUAAUAUUGCUGGAGAGCAUUGUGCAAUAAACUAUUUUUGGUAAUGGUUUUCCAUGUAUAGUUUACUUCUGUGGUUUUUCUUUGAACAGGGGUACAGCUUAUUUAUAAAUUGCAUGUGAAACUAAUUAAAUAUGAUCAGUCAUCUGCAUGGUCUGACAGUUAAUACUUCAUGUAAGCAUAAUAGAAGCUAAAAAAACAACAGAAUUCUGCUUGAGCAAAUAUUUUUAUAACUUGAAGCGGGAACCAAUGACCUCACGUUGAUUCUACUAUGCCAUGACCUUAGAUCCUCCAACAAAAACAGUAUGCCCUUAUCUGGUCAAGGAAUACACAAAAUGAUAUUUGAGUAAUUGUGAAGAAAAUACUGUAAAGAGUCAUAACAGUAAACAGUUCAGAUGACGUAACAGCUUAUUAUCUGAAUUCUGGAAUAUAAAAAUUAAUGCAAUUACAUUAUAUAUGGAAUUUGUUUUCUGUUGUUUUGACAGAUUUGUAACCUCAACAUGUCAUGGUAUUUCUUUGCAGGAUUGUUUGAUGUAAUAAUGACAUUAAUGAAGCUGAUUCUUCUGUAGUCAAUUAUAGAGAAAUUGUAUGUCCAGUGGAGUGGAAAACACUGCCUGAGGUGUGCUGGAAGCAGAUUCAGUCAUAGCUUCCAAAAAAAUUGGGCAAUUAUCUGGACAAAAAUUAUUUUUUCAGGGUUGUGGGGUUUUUGGGCACUGAAACUAAAUGAAUUGCUUUCACAGGCAGCAGGCAUGAACAUGAUGAUAAGCCAAAUGGUGGCCACCCAUGAUAGAAUAAUUCUGUGUUCAAACAUUACAGUAUAACUACCUGGAAAAGGACAUGCUUUCACAAUUGCAUAAAGCCUGUAGCUUAUUCUUUUUUUUGAAAGAAAAAGCAUUUAAAUCGAAUGUUUUAAGGAUAUGAGGAAAAAUGUCAGUUUCUUUUAAUGUUAAACAUGAAAAUAUUUUCAUUCAACCACCACCACCACACUGAUUUCCUCAGUUCUUGUGUAACUGACAGUUCAUGUUAUAUUUUGUAGAAUUUGCCUCUUAUGAAGAGCUUUCUCCCCUAAACUUUUAAGAUCAACUAUUGGGUUUAACACAUUGCAAUAAUUGCCUUUUGUUCAAUAGUGAAUAAAAGUCUGAAAUAGAAA